UUAAAUACCUGGUGGAUGGUAGCUUCGUAAUAUGUCAGUUAAGUUUGUCAUUAUCUAAUUUUAGGUUUAUCAAUUUAAAUUUAUAGUUAGAAUAAAAAAAAAUGAACGGUAAGUACGAAAUUAAGUAUUGUGCAUCGACGACGAAACAUGAAAUGUAUCCAGUAAACAAAUUACCUUCAAAAUAUAGACAUCUAUUUUCAAAUUACACUCAUUUUAAUCGUAUACAGACCAACUCAAUUGAAACUAUUUUAGACACUGAUGAAUCGGUUGUCGUUUCUGCACCUACUGGAUCUGGAAAAACAGCUGUAUAUGAAUUGUCCAUAGUUAGACUUCUGGAAACAAGCAACAGAAAAAAUGAAGAAAUGAAAGAUAUAAAAAUUAUAUAUGUGGCGCCUACCAAGGCUUUAUGUUCUGAGCGCUUUCGAGAUUGGCAAGACAAAUUUGCUAUUCAUGGACUAUCCUGUAUUGAGAUUACUGGUGAUAAUGAGUCGUAUGAUGAAGUUUCUACCAAAAACCGUUACCAGAUUAUAUUAACCACUCCAGAAAAAUGGGAUUCAAUGACAAGAAGCUUCAAAUUUAGAAAUUACAUUUCACAGUUGAAUGUAAUCAAGCUACUUAUAAUCGAUGAAGUACAUAUAUUAAAUGAAUAUGUCCGAGGGGUAACUUUAGAAUCCAUUGUAUGUCGUAUGAAAUUAUCAAGAAAUACUAAAAAAAACUUGAGAUUUGUUGCUGGGUCGGCUACAAUACCCAACAUAGAGGAUAUUGCUAAAUGGCUAUGUGUUGAUUCAGAGUACCCUGCUCAUUACUUCAAAGUGAGUGAGGAAGAACGUCCAGUCAAACUUCAAAAGGUUGUUAUAGGAUAUACAAAUUCUUCAAAUAGUUUUUGUUUCGAUAUACAUUUGUCUUAUAAAAUUGAGCCAUUAAUAAAGAAAUACUCUAAUGGUCGGCCUACAUUAAUAUUUUGUACGUCCAGAAAAGGGGCAGAGAAUACAUGUAAUGUUUUAAUUAAAAAAUUGGAUGUUUCAUUAACUGAUGAAAAGAAAAUUAACAUUGAAGACUGUAUUCAGAAAUUAGAUAAUGCCAAACUAAAAGAACUACUUAAGUUUGGAAUUGGAUUUCAUCAUGCUGGUAUGUCACUUAAUGAUAGAAAUUGUUUAGAAGGUCUUUUUAAGGAAGGUUUUUUACCAAUUCUAGUUGCAACCAGUACCUUAUCACAGGGAGUGAAUCUUCCAGCACAUCUUGUUAUCAUCAAGUCCACAGAACACUAUACUAAUCAUGGGCCUAAAGAAUAUGAAGAAAGUUUAAUAUUACAAAUGAUCGGAAGAGCUGGAAGGCCUCAAUAUGAUAAAGUUGCAACAGCUAUAAUAAUGACGAGAAGCACAAAAAAGGAGAAGUAUGACAAGUUGGUAAAUGGCACCCAGGUAGUGGAAAGCCACCUACAUGAACGUCUCGAAGAGUAUUUAAAUGUAGAAAUAUCUUUCGGAACAAUAAACGAUAUAUCAGUCGCUAAGGGUUGGAUGCGAUCGACAUUCUUAUAUAUACGUGCUUGUCGGUCGCCGCAAAGCUACUCGAUGGCGAGUAAUCUCAAAAUUCAAGAAGUAGAAAAUCAACUACAUGAUUUAUGUUUAACGGCUUUGAAGAAGUUAUCCAACUAUGGACUAAUACAUUUUUGUGAUGGGCUGAACAUAGGUUUGAAACAAGAAGGUGAAAUAAUGGCCAAGUAUAUGAUAAGUUGCGAAACAAUGAAGUCUUUUAUGUCUUUAAAGGGAAAUGAAGAUUUGUGUGAUUUGAUUAAAAUAUUAAUCAAUACUAAAGAAUUCGAAAGUAUUAAACUAAGGAAUGCAGAUAAAGAAACGUUGAAUAUGUUGAAUAAAAACAAAAACCAUGAUGCCAAUAGAAUUCGAUUUCCAAUUGAAGGAAGCAUUAAGAGUAGAGAGAAUAAAAUUAAUUGUCUUCUACAAGCAACUUUGGGCACUUUGAAUCUUACCAAUAUAUCAUUGAUUCAAGAUGUUAAUCAAAUAUUUCUAAUUUCCAUCCGCUUGGCUAAAGCAAUAAAAGAAAUCGAAUGUAGGCACACUAGUUUUAUAAGCGCUCGAGCUGCUUGUAUUUUAGUUAAAUGUUUAGUUGCAAAAUUGUGGGAAAACUCAAACUACGUUGCUAUGCAAAUGCAUGGAAUUGGUCCUAUUUAUUCAGAAUAUUUAGUUCAAAAUGAAAUAACUUCUGUACAAUCUAUAUUAAGCGCAGACCCUAGAAGUAUAGAACGUAUUUUAGGACGCAAACCUCCAUUUGGUAAUCGUAUUCAAGAAUUUUUUAGACAGAUUCCAAGGUAUAAAAUAAGGUUAUCGUACAAUAAAAGUUCAAUCUGCGUGAAUUUAGAGAUCACUCUUAUAAAUUCUGAAGAUGUAGAUAAAAAAUCUCGCCAUGCAGUUACUGUAUUAGUUGGCGAUUCAAAAAAUUGCCUCUUAAAAAUCCUUUAUUUACGAAAUGAAGAUUUUUUAAAUGGCUACAAGACUAUACGCACUUCAAUAUCACUGAACAUUUCAAAUAUAUGUAUGGGAAAUUUAAAUUACUCUAUUGCUGCUUGUGUUAUAAGUGAAAAAUGGGUUGGAAAUGAUAUUGAAGUAAUAUUACCCAUUAUGAAUACCAGCGAGCAUACUAAAGAGACAAUAAGUGGCGAAAAUGUUUUUAUCGCUGUACUUCCGUCAUCAGAUAUAACCGAAAAAUCAAAUAAGAGAAAAAAUAGCAAAGAAAAUAUCAUUAACGAACGGAUAAUACCUUUAAGUUCUGAAAAUGAUAAUUCUCAACUUGUAAACGAAGAAAUCGAUAAUCAAAAUACAAAAAAUGGUUUAGACGAACAAAAAAUAAAGUAUUCAUUAGUGAAUUUCAAUGUUGCUCUUAAAGAUAACGAAGAAAAAUCUGCCAAGUGGAAAGUAGAAAAUAACAAUAAAGAUAAUGUUAGAAACGAGCAGUCUUUUUUCACUCUUAAAAAAGCCUUAACACAUAAAAUUUAUUCAAGUGAUACUGGUGGAUUGGUUCAAGAUAAUAACUUAGAUGAGUUUUUCAAAGAUGACCCUUUGGAUUAUUUAUUCUUGGGCGUAGACGACCAAAGUAAUGCUAGUAACGAAAAAAUGUACUCGGAUAAAAUCCAACAUUUUUCCAAUGAAAAUAAUAUAAAGCGUGCCACCUUUGAUCCUGUAAUUAACUGUCGACGAAAUAAUACUCAAGAAAAUAUUGUAAAUUAUGAAACAAAGUAUUCGACGCUUGAAAACUUCUCGCAGGAACUAAAUGAGAGCUUGGACACCGAUUCGAAUAGAUAUAUCACACCAUCCAAUAAAUUGAAUUUAAAUCCAUUUUCAUUUACGAAAAGCACAGAUAAAACUGAAAUAGAACAAAAUCCUCAAAUAAGCAACACGUUGUGCAAAUUAUCUAUUGAUUUAAAUAAACCAGAAAAAAUUAAUAAUGGUUCUACAAAUAUUUUUUGCAAUACCGAAAAACCAAAACCAGAGUUCAACGACGAUUCUUUAAAUAAACACAUCUCAGUACCUCAUGAAUUACAAGUUGAAUACGAUGUGUACCACAAGGAGCAAAACGAUGUACUGAAAAUGCAACCCGUUACACCGUUAGAAACUAAAAUACCGAAAGAACUAUAUUUAAAAAAUGUUAUUUACAAUCUAAUGAAUAAAAAAGUUGGCGAAACGAGAUUAUCAAAAGACAACUUUUUUUUACAACCAUUAAGGAUGUCAAAUUCUUUAAGAAACGAAUUAUAUAAGCGAAAAAUAUCAGACAUUGUUUCGACAACAUUUUCACAAUUGAAUUGUAAGAAAAGAAAAGAAACAGAUAAGUUUUCUCAGCCUUUACCGACUACGUCUACUAGAAGUUUGUCUCAACGUAUUAAUGCUAAUUUAGAAGCGGUAGAAUUUUAUGGUUGUUCAUUAAAACAUUCGCCUAGUACUUCCAAGUAUGACGAGCGCAAAACAGCUCCUCUCACAGUGCCUUAUAGUUUGUUAACGAGAGUUACUGAAAACAGCUCACAAUCUUGUGUAAGAUCUCGGAGCAGACCGUUUAAACGUUUGGGGACAGGACUUAAGUUAAAUGUAAAAUCGCCCAACGUAUCUUUUUCGACACCGGCUUGUCGAAUAAUUUCUGACUGCCAGAAUGUCAAUCUUAAGCGAUUGAAUAAAAGUGAUUUGCACCAGACAAUGUUUGAUGACCAUUCAGUUGGAACAACCGAAACUUCUGAACAUAAGACUAUUUUCGAAAAUUCAACAACUACACUAUCCAAUCAGCUUGCAUUUCCUUCUGAUGUCGACAAAAAAUCAGUAGUACCGUUGGCAACAGAUAAUACCAAAAAAUCGACCCUUGACAAGUAUUUUAAACGAACAAAAUGUAUCAAAAAGUUGACUGAUUUAAAAUUAAAUGACGAUUCUGGAUGAAACACAAAAGCUUAAAUAGGCAAGUCGGAUACGACCCAUGUGUUUUAGAUAAGACUAGUGGUUCAAUUAACACUGUCAACUAAUUAUCUUUGACACAUUGACGUUAUCAAAUUAAAAAAAAACAAUUUUUUUGUAUGUAAAGAAAAGUUAAAAACAUCUAAUUUUUUAAAUAAGUUAUUUUUAAGUGUGGUACAAAAAACGAAUUU